AAAAAAAAAAAAAAAGUCAGUGUAAAGAGGUGCAAAUAUUUAAUUUCUGGAUGUUUUGUUGACUUUUUUCUUUCAUAUUUAAUUUACAUGAAGAAAAGUUUCUUUAUUUCUGUUAAGCAGAAUUUUGAUUCCACCCUUUUUUUUAAGGAGGUCAAACUCUCCUCUCCUCUCCUCUCGUUCUUCUGUCAGUUUUGUUGUUAGUCUGAUUCGGUGAAUUAAGCUCAUUGCACAGACUCACUAAUGCGUGCUCGUGUCUGCGUGAACGAUAUUUACUCUCAGAUUCUGGAGCCGCUGCCGCCCUGACCUGCAGCAGGGAAGUGCGUCCAUAUUUGUUUAAAAGUCUCUUAGCAGUUAAUAAAGAUGCGUUUCCUCCGUCCCCCUUCCUGUGGGGACGGUAUCAGGACUCUGUUAAGUCUCUUUGAUUUCCAGCAGCCUCCAAUCACAGCAGGGACCUGACUCAUCAUUGUGUCACUUCAAAGCCUGGGAAUGGCUCCCCUGACCCCUCCCACUCUGAGGGUCCCCUUAAAAGUCAUGGUCACCUCUUCCUGCAGGACUCGGAUAAAUCUGCCCCUAAAGGUCCAGACUGACCCCCCUGACUUGACUCCUCUUUGCUGGAUCUACUUCUUUUUCUUCACUUUUUUCACACAUGUGGUUGGAGAUCAGGGCCGCCUGAGCUCACAGUCUGUUGGAUAUCACUCGGAUCACUUUUGGUUCUCGGUGCAUGAACCCGUACUGAGCUGGUACCGCCGAUCCUGAAGCAUGCAGUCUAUCAGAGGUGAGUGUGACCGUCCGUAUCUGAAAAACCUUCAUGCACCAAAGAUCUGUGACUUUUAGACCGAUCGGCUCACCGCUGCUUCUGAUUCUUCCAGACCUGAAGCCGAACUUCAGCGGCCCUCCUCCCUCCUCCAUGGCUGCUGCUGGACCGGACGCUUAUCUUCAGGGUAACAUCAGGAUGACUCUGGAGGACACUGAACUCUGGAGGACCUUCCAUGAAAUAGGAACAGAGAUGAUUAUUACCAAACCUGGCAGGUGAGACUGCAGAUUAAACCGCUUUUACAAAGUUUCCCACUCUGUGAUUUAUUUUUGUACUCAUUUAUUCUCCUCCUCCUCUUCUCUGAUCUCCAGGCGGAUGUUCCCUCACUGUAAAGUCCACCUCUCCGGUCUGAUCCCCUGUGCGAAGUACAUCUUGUUGGUGGACAUGGUUCCUGAGGACGGAUUCAGAUAUAAGGUUUGUGCAUGUUUUGAUUUUGACUCUGAAAAGUUUACGUAGUCUUGACUGAGCCGUGAGUCGUGGCUUUGGCUGCAGACCACCUUCAGGACCUCCAGACUGAACCCCCCUGAUGAUCCCCCCUCCUCUCUCCUGACAUGGUACAUCAAAGAGGUCUAUCUCUUCCUGUUUUUCUAUCCCCUGCUGGGGGCCCACUGUACUACCCCCUGUCUCUGUGGGUGGUGUUGGUCGGCAGAGACUCUCCACUCAGUCGGCCCGCUCUCGCACCUCCUCUGUGGGGAGAAGGAAGACGGAGGAGCUGCGGGUCGCGUGAAUCACCUUUCUCUGUGACACAUUUUGAGCGAUGAUCUGUCUCCUGUCUCCUGCAGUGGAAUAAAGAGAAAUGGGAGGUGGCAGGAAAAGCAGAGCCUCAGCCUCCCUGCAGGACCUACCUCCACCCAGACUCUCCGGCCCCCGGGAGCCACUGGAUGAAGCAGUCGGUGUCUUUUCUCAAGCUGAAGCUCACCAACAACACGCUGGAUCAGCACGGACAUGUGAGUAAGAGGGGCUGAAUCACGACCGUGGUUUUCAUACACAGAUAUAAAAGUUCAUUCUUGUUGAUUUCAUUGUUUUCUUUCUUUCUUCCUGCAGAUUAUUUUACACUCCAUGCACCGCUACCAUCCACGCUUCCACCUCGUUCAGGCUGAUGAUCUGUUCAGUGUUCGCUGGAGCGUCUUCCAGACCUUCACCUUCCCAGAGACCGCCUUCACCGCCGUCACGGCUUACCAGAACACCAAGGUGAGGCUCCAUCUCUGCAAACAGAACUAUCAUGCACAGGUCGAAUAUCAUGCAUAUUUGAGUCACUAACCGUCUUGAUUUUUCUGCUCACAGAUCACAAAACUAAAGAUCGAUCACAACCCUUUUGCAAAAGGUUUCCGGGAGGAAGGCACCAACAAGAAAAGGUCGGUAUUACACCGCUGAAAAAGUCUAAUUCAUGCAGGAUCAGCUUUUGUGUGAUAAUGUGUAAUAAUGAGUCUGAUUUAACUCUGCAGGCGUGCAAACAAAAGUCCAGCCUGUCUGGAGAAACGCGCCAAGAUGUCCGACAUGUUGAACCGCGACUCUGAUGAAGAAAGUCCAUCAGGUAUGAUCGUAAACCUCUCGUCCUGUAACACAUUUUUUUGGAGCUGAAUUAUUUAUUUCACUUACUGAAAAACAAAAAAUCAAAAUGUCCUUAAAACGUAACAAAUCUAUUUAUUUAUCUCAUUUUAUACUCUAGAUGUUUUUGGAAACUGAUUAACUACAAGAAGACUUUUUUUUUUUUUCACUAAUUUGUUGAUCAUAUUGAUUUGAUAGAAGUUUAUAAAAGUAUGUUUUUAAUAGGAUACAAAAGGCAUUAGAGGGUGAAGCUGAUCUUUUCACCGUCACAUCCUGAACUCUUUAGUCAAACCUUCAUGUGUCUCUUUCCAGAUUUCUGCAAAUAUGAGGGUUACGACGCUGAAGAAGGAGACCUCCCCAAAAGAAAAGACGCUGAAGGGGUCAAAGAGGAACGUUUCUCUCCCUGGGCUGCAGAGAGGGACCACAGCGUGAGGACCGAGUCUCCUGCAGGGGCCGACCACAGGGACAUGUACAACACCGAGCAGCUGGUUCCUGCUCCGGCCUCCUAUCAGCCGUACAGGUGAGCGCUCGUAAAGUACAGCAACAAAAACUAAAACUGAUUCUGUCGUGAAAAACUGGAGUCUGAUCUGUGUUUUUUUUUAACCCUUCAGGUUCCACGAGUACGGGAAGUCCCCGUCUCCGUCCUCCAGCAUCGGCAGCAGCAGCAGCAGCGGAUCAGGACGCAGCAGCUUCGAGUCCAGAGUCCCCGACAUCGCCACCGUCCCCGAUCACGACUCCUCAAAGCCCCGCUCGCAGGAGAUCGGCCCCUCAGCGUGUGGCCCCCAGCACCUCCCGGCCCCCCAGGACUACACCGGGGUCCUCAACAUGAGCAUGACCCAGGCCGGCAAACCCGGAGUGAUCAGCCACCACAUCUACAGCCCCUACGGAGCCGAGCAGACCCUGGGUCAGUGGAGCGGCGCCGGACCCGCCCAGUACCCCCCUCCUCACCACCUGACCGCUGACUACACCACGCAGGCUGUGCAUCACGGCUAUCACCAUGGCAACGUGGCAGAGUGGAGUCAGUACCCGCUGUUCUCUUAUUCCUGCUGGUGAAGGGCUGAUCUGAUGGAGGCUGACUGCAGACCUGCAUGAACCCAAAAACUGUCUGAGCGAGGAGACCCUGACCCACAGGACCCAGACUCUGUUAAUGCUGACUGAAAUGUACGUGUGCUGCUCCGUGUUUGAUCGUUGGGUUGUGUAUUUAUUUUGUAUUUCAUCUCAUC